AUGGGGAACUACAGCAGGAGAGGGCUGCCCGAACCACCUCAAGCCACCCUGCAGUCUGCUCUACCCAGGAGUCUGUACGGCUCUGGCCCCAUCCUGCUGUCACCGGCUGGUCACUACGGUGGCACUACAGCAAGAAAAAGGGGGAGAACAAAGAAAAAUAAGAAGAAAGCUAAGAAGGACAGCGAGGAGGAGUAUGAGGUGAGAAGCAGUGAGUCUAAGAGUACAGAUGAUGAAGAUCCCAGUGAUACCAUCAAUAACAAGAAAAAGAGAGCAGAGAGGCUCCCUGGUGUGAUUGAGGCCACCAGUAAGGGAACCAAGAAGAAUAAAGACCACCAGGAGAACGACAUGGGGUCAAAGGACAAAAAAUCUAAAGACGACGACAAAAAAUCCAAAAAGGACAAGAAAGAGGGCGAACAACCUCGCGAACAGGGAGAUGAAGAAGGGGAUGGCAAAAAGAAGAAGAAAAAGGCCAAGAAAGGCUCAGGGGGGGACAGUGAUGAGGACACCAAAAAGGUGAAAGGCAAAAAAAAGAAGCUGGUUGAGAACUACGUGGAGAUCUAUGAGAAUGAACUACGAAACUAUGAGCCAGAUUCCAUGGAGAACUAUGAGGAUGAGUACCACAAGAAGAAAGUGUAUGAGGUGGUGACCAUCACUGGAGAUGAGAGGGGGGCGGGCACCGAUGCCAACGUGUUUAUCACUCUCUUCGGGGAAUAUGGCAUCACUCCGAAGGUGCACCUGGCUAGCAAGAGUAGAACAGCCUUUGAGAAGAACAAAACAGACGUCUUUAGGAUCAAAACUCAUAACGUUGGGCCUUUGAAGAAGAUACGGAUAGAGCAUGAUAACACAGGUUUGAAUGCCAGCUGGUUCUUGGACAGAGUGGUGGUGACAGAUAUUACCAGACCUCACAUGAGGUUCUACUUCACCUGUAAUAACUGGCUCAGUAAGGUGGAGGGGGACAACCUGUUUGUCAGGGACCUGCUGGGCAGUCUCGACCCCAUGGACUUGCCCAAAUAUAAUAAGUAUGUAGUGAGCGUGUUCACAGCAGAUGUAAAAGGCAGUGGAACAGACGCUGAUGUCUUCAUUAACAUCUUUGGAGAGUUUGGUGACACCGGUGAGAGGCGGUUGGACAAUAAGAAGGAUAACUUUGAGAAAGGCACGGAGGACAAGUUCACUUUAGAAGCUCCCCACCUCGGCAGAAUUAGGAAGAUUACCCUGGGUCACAACAACAAAGGCUCUUCCGCUGGAUGGUUUGUGGACAAGGUGCUUCUGGAUGACAUGGGAAACAAGUCUCUGUAUGAGUUCCCCAUCAACCGCUGGUUCGCCAUCGAUGAGGAUGAUGGGAAGAUUCAGAGGGACAUCCUAGUUGGAGGCAGUGAGCCCACAGGUAUUGUGUACCACGUCCAGGUGGUGACAGGGAAGAUCCGAGGAGCUGGCACCAACUCCAACAUCCACAUGCUGAUGCACGGCACCAAGGGCCUGAAGAACAGCGGCAAGAUCUUCCUGCAGGGGGGUAAGUUUGAGCGUGGUCUGACGGACAUCUUUAACGUGGAGAUAUCGGCCCUCCUCAGCCCCCUCAGCCGAGUCACCAUCGGACACGACAAUGGAGGAGUCAACGCUGGCUGGUACUGCGAGAAGAUAGUGGUGUUCUGCCCGUUCACAGGGAUCGAGCAGACCUUCCCUUGCAGUAAAUGGCUGGAUGAGGGUGAAGGUGAUGGACUGAUAGAGAGAGAGCUCUAUGAGAUGGUCUCACUAAGGCAGAGGAAACAGAAGAAGCACCCCUGGUCUCUGUGGAUCUGGACGUCAGACCUGCCUGGCGCAGGAACAGACGCAUCCGUUUACUUCCAGAUCUAUGGGGAGAAGGGCAAGUCAGACGAGAUGAGACUGGACAACAAAGCAGACAACUUUGAACAGGGCCAGCUGGAUAAGUUCAUGGUUGAGCUACCUGACUUGGGGAAGCUUACAAAAUGUCGCAUCUGGCAUGAAAAGAGAAGCCCUUUUGCAGGGUGGCAUUUGAGCAAGGCAUCUCUGAUGAAAACUUUGACGAAGGAGAAGUUUAAGUUCCCCUGUGAGCGCUGGCUGGAUACUAACGAGGAUGACAACGAGUUAGUUAGAGAGAUGCCUGCCACUGGAGACCUGAUUGCUGAACCCCUGCCCUUGAUAAAGUACCGUGUGACCGUGUGCACGGGGAAGUUUGGCGGCAGCGGGACGGACGCCACUGUCUUCCUCAAUCUGAUUGGUGACCUGGGGGACACAGGCGAACGUACGCUGGUCAACUGCAAAAACAACGUCAACAAGUUUGAGAAAGGCAACAUGGAUGAGUUCAUUAUUGAGGCGGUGUCAAUCGUGCAGGUGCGGCGAGUGCGUAUCGGGCACAACGGGCGGGGCGGAGGUUGUGGCUGGUACUUGGAGAAAGUGAUGGUCAGGGAAGAGGGACAGGCUGAGUCUCAGGUUGUAGAGUUCCCCUGCGGCAGGUGGCUAGAUCGGAAUGAGGAUGAUGGACAGAUUGUUCGGGAGUUGGUGCCAUUUUCAGACGGACAGCGUCUUUACAAUGUUAGCUAUCAUGUGUCGGUGAAGACAGGCAGCGUCAGUGGAGGCAGCUCGAACUCCACAGUUUUUGUGAAGCUGUAUGGGGAGAAGGAAGACACCAGUAAGAUGAUGCUGGUGGUCUCUGACAACAACCUGCGCAACUACUUUGAGGUGGGCCGGGUGGAUGUGUUCACUGUGGAGACAUUUGACAUUGGACAGAUCAACCGUCUGAUGAUUGGCCACAACAAUGAGGGGAUGAAUGCUGGUUGGUUCCUGGACAGUGUCCAGAUCAUGGUGCCGGCCAGUGGGAGUCAGUACAUGUUCCCCAGCCACCGCUGGCUCUGUACGGACGAGGCAGACGGCAAGACCGAGGUGGUGAUCUACCCUAGCGAGAUCCUGGACAUUAAACAAUUGAUGAACUAUGAGAUAACAGUGGUGACAGGUGAUGUGAGCUUUGCUGGAACCAACGCUAACGUUUUCAUCCAGAUCUACGGCGGUAAGGGCAAGACAGAGGUCGUCAAUCUGGCCAGCAGGUCCAACAACUAUGAGAGAGCAACUACUGAGAUAUUCAAGAUAGAAGCCAGCGAUGUAGGAAAGAUCUUCAAGGUGCGUAUCGGCCAUGACGAGGCGGGGAUCGGCUCCGGCUGGUUCCUAGAGAAGGUAUUCGUCAAACACCUAGUCAUGGGCAUGGUGACCAAGGUGAAGAAAAAGGAUGACAAGAAGAAGAAGAAGAAAAAGAAGGUCAAUCAAAUCUUUUUUCAGUUUCCUGUACUUUGUAAUAUCAGACUUUCCAAUAACGCUCUAUUCUAUUCUCAGGAGGAGGAGGAGACAGAGGAGGUGAUGCAGGAGAUAGUGCAGACGUAUGUGUUCCCCUGCUCCCGCUGGCUGAGCCGGGGGGAGGAGGAUGGGGAGCUGGUGGUGGAACUGCUUCCUGAGGAUACAGAUGAGCUGGAAGAGAACACCUAUGAAGUGUGCGUCUUCACCGGGGACAUGCUGGGGGCUGGGACUGACGCCAAUGUCUACAUCAAUAUUUAUGGGGAGAACGGGGACACAGGGGAGCGCCUCCUCCGGAAGUCAGGCAACCUCAACAAAUUUGAGGCAGGGCAGGAGGAUGUGUUCACCAUAACAGCCAUUGAGCUGGGCCCCCUGAGGAAGCUACGCAUUCGUCAGGACAACGCAGCGUCUUACUCCUCUUGGUACCUGGAUCGCGUGGAGAUAGUGGACACCAAGGAUGACACCACAUACUACUUCCCAUGUAACCGUUGGCUGGCGGUGGAUGAGGAUGAUGGACAGAUCGCCAGGGAGCUGGUGCCCGUGGAUGAGGCCUUCAUGAAGAGGGACGAUGAUGAGGAAGGGACAGGUGCAGCCACCCUGGGGCUUGAGCAGAAAGCUAUGUCCACAACCCUAACCCUGAAAAUUAAGACAGGAGAGAAGAAACAUGCUGGAACGGAUGCCAAUGUGUUUGCUAUCCUUUAUGGAGAAAAAGAUGAUACAGGGAUAAUCAACCUGAAGGCGUGUAAGACCCAUAAGAACAAGUUUGAGCAGGGCAUGGUGGAUGAAUUCACUGUGGAGGCUGUGGACCUGGGAGAGCUGGAAAAGCUACGCAUCGGCCAUGACAACUCAGGUGGCUCUCCUGGUUGGUUUCUGGACUGGGUGGAGAUCGACGCCCCCUCUCAGGGCCAGAGACUCCGUUUCCCAUGUGGCCGUUGGCUAGAUAACGGAGAGGAUGAUGGUGCCAUAGUGAGAGACCUGUACCCCAACGAGCUCCAGACUGAACUCUACGUGCCAUUUGUCCCCUAUGAGAUCAAGAUGUACACAAGUGAUGUGUUUGGUGCUGGGACAGAUGCAGAUGUGUUUAUAGUUCUCUACGGCUGGAAGGGCCUCUGCACCCAGCAGAAACACCUGUGUGUCAACAAGAGAGAGAGAAGGCUGUUCUUCGAGAGAGGAGCUGAGGAUAUGUUUAUCGUGGAGUUGGAGGAUGUGGGUGAUGUCAUUGAGAAGAUCCGUAUUGGCCACGACAACAGGGGCACCAACCCCGGCUGGCACCUUGACAGAGUGGAGAUCAGACGCCUACUCAGGAAGGGAAAGGGUUCGGAGACGACCAUCUUACCGUGUGAGCGCUGGUUGGCCAAGUCAGAUGACGAUGGGGAGACGGUGAGAGAGCUCGUUCCCUCUGAUAUUAUCACAGAGAAACUGCUGAAGGAAGGGAAACUGAAACACACAGAGAUGGAGGUGGAGGAUGCCCUUGAAACUCACACCUAUAAGGUGUCUGUGAGAACGGGUGACAUGUACAGAGGAGGGACCGACGCCAAAGUGUUUCUCACCAUCUACGGAGACCUGGGAGACACGGGGGAACGCAAACUCAGCAAGUCUGAGAGCAACAGCAACAAGUUUGAAAGAGGGGCAGUGGAUAAGUUCUCCAUCGAGGCGGUGGAUCUUGGCCAAGUGUUUAAGAUCCAUAUCCGCCACGACAACUCCGAAUUUAUGGGGGCGGACUGGUACCUGGACCAGGUAGAGGUGUUGGACAUGGAAACAGAGGAGGUAUAUAUGUUCCUGUGUGAGCGUUGGCUUUCCAAGAAGAAGGAGGACAAACGCAUCGAGAGAACCUUCUACAUCAAGGAUUAUGAGGGUGAGAGGAACGUUGAUCCAAACAAGAAGAGCACCCAGGCCAAGAUAGGGCUGGACAGAAAUGCAAACAAGAAGAAGAAGAAGAAGGCGGUCGUAGAGGAGGGUCCAGUCAUCCCCUACCACUUCACCGUGUCUACUGCUAUGGACCCUGACGCCAGCACCACAGCCAGGGUUUAUGUCAUCGUCAUGGGACCCAAUGACAUUGAGACGGAGCGUCUGUGGCUGGACCUGCCUGAGGGGAAGAAGAGCUUCGCUGCUGGGACCAUGGAGAACUUCCAGUGUUACGGAACUGACGUGGGAGAGAUCAAGAGGGUGGAGCUGGGUCAUAAUGGGGCAACCCCAGAGAGCUGCUGGUUGGUGGACGAGCUGUCGGUUGCUGUGCCAACCAAAGGCAUCAAGUACAUCUUCCAGUGUAAGUGCUGGUUGGCCAAGGACAGAGGCGACGGUCUCACCGGCAGACUGUUCAAUGUACUAGAUGCCAACAGUAUCAAUAUCGUCCGGAAGAUCAUCUAUGUGGCCACGGUCAUCACAGGCGACACCCAGGAUGCAGGGACGGACACCAACAUCUUCCUGUCUGUGUUUGGAGCCAAUGGGAGCACAGAGGAGAUGCUGCUGCCCAAGAAUGAGGACAGGUUUGAGAGAGGUCAAGAGGACACGUUUAACCUGGAGAUAGAUGACAUCGCUCCUCUGAAGAAGAUCAGGGUUCGCAUCGACGGCUCUGGGAGUCGCCCUGACUGGUUCCUCGACAAGAUCGUGAUGCAUAACCUGACUACAGAGGAGGUGUCUGUGUUUACCAAUGAGAACUGGCUGUCGAAGACCAAAGGGCCCAAAAGGACUAAGAUCUGUGAGCUGGCAGCGGUGGUGGAUGAGGAGGAGAUGGUGGAGAGGACCACCUACAUCAUCCAGGUCCAGACCAGCGACAUGGGAGGCGCGGGCACUGAUGCCAACGUGUUCCUGAUAGUGUUUGGGGAGAACGGAGACACUGGUACGCUGGCACUAAAGGAGGGCGGUAGCAGAAACAAGUUUGAGCGGAAGUCAAAAGACGUGUUCCGCUUCCCAGACAUCCUCAGCCUGGGAGAGCUUUCCAAGAUCCGCGUAUGGCACGACAACAAGGGUCCUGCUCCGGGUUGGCACCUGGAGUACAUUGAUGUGAAAGAUGAGACCAUGGACCAGAAUUUCCGUUUCCCAUGUGGCCGCUGGCUGGCCAAGAAUGUGGACGACGGGCAGAUCAUGACAGAGCUGGCCUGUGCCAACAACGACAUCCUAGACUUCAGUGACAAGACCAAAUAUGAAAUUGCCACUACAACAGCUAACACUGAUGGCGCAGACACCAAGGAGAAUGUGUGGAUCGUGCUGGAAGGAAAGAGGGGACGUUCAAAGGAGUUUGUGCUGGAGAAUAGUUCAAAGAAAAAGAGGUUCCUUUGUGGAGCCACAGACACAUUUGAGUUUUCCUCCAAGCAUGUGGGUGACAUAGCUGGCAUCUGUGUGGGGCACACGACUAAAGACAGCAAGAAGGUGAAGGGUGAGGCCUUCUGGCACGUCCUGGAAGUUGUGGUGACAGAGAAGGGACUUGGAAACAAGUAUUUAUUCCACUGUGAUGCCCAGAUCCCUCUAGCAGCCAAACGGGACAAGUUUCUGACCUUCGAAUGCUUUAAGACCAUUGAGAGCUUUGCCAGCAAGGUCCGCAGCCUCGUGCCCGUCAAAUACGAGAUAAUCGUCAUCACCGGCGACGUCAAAAGGGCCGGAACUGACUCUAACGUUUACAUCACCAUAUAUGGCUCCAAUGGGGAUUCUGGAAAGCGUGCCUUAAAGCAGAAGUUCCGAAACCUUUUUGAGCGAGGACAAACAGAUCGUUUCAUUCUGGAGAUGUUGGAUUUAGGGGAGCUGCUGAGGGUCAAAGUGGAGCAUGAUGGCUCAAGCCACAACUCUGGUUGGUACCUGGAGUGUGUAGAGGUUACCAACACAGCCAACUCGGUGACCACUAUCUUCCUGUGUGGGAAGUGGUUGGACCCUCAGAAGGCAGAUGGGCAGAUACAAAGAGUGCUCUACCCCAAAUACUGACAUGUAUCCAUGUUAACCCUUCUAAGCCGGGGAGGGGGGCCUUACUGCUAUUAGCCCAUAGAAACGCAUUGAAUAAGAGAUUCAUACAUGGGGAAAAAAUUAAUCAAAGGAAGUUUGUUUUAAAGUGGCUGUCCUAUAUCCGAGAGAUAUAACAAAGAUCAGGAUUUUUUAUUUAUUUAAUUUUUUUAAUGUACCCAUAUUUAACUCCCUUUUUUUUAUACACUUAAAACUACUUCCAAAUAUACUGUUCCAUUAAUUGUUUUAACUGGUACUGGGCUACCUUCAGACAAGUCUUGUGAUGCUUGUGGGCGUCCUAGCCAAACUGUUCAGACGAUACAGACAGAAGUUGGCAGA